AUGGUUGCCGAGGUAGCAGUGAACAGCACAGCCAGCCAAUCUCCAGCAACCGAUUCGACGGCUGUAUCGAACAACACACAAAAGAAAGUCAAGUCUCGACAACGUGGACGAAAGAAAUCGAAAAAGCAACGUGCACAAGAAGAUGCCAAACGACGUGAGGAACUCGGCUUCAAAGAUACAAAGGACGAUUCACUCGACAAUGUGGAGAUCGAAUAUGUCACGCAGCCUGUCGACACGGACGCUCUGAAAAACAUGCAAGGGAUGCAAGGUGUGGACGAAGACAUCCUCGCCCAAAUGUCUCAAGUAUUUCAAUACUAUCAGAUCAAUAAUCGUGAUGAGGAUGAGGAUAAUGAGCCCAAGGUUAAGAUCGACGAGGGAACUGAAGAAGAUGCAGGCGCGGGCGAUGAGGAGAAUGAGGAUGAAGAAGAUAUGGAGGAUUCGGAUCAGCCAUUGUCCAAGAAGAAGUUGAAGAAGUUACAGCGAUUGACAGUAGCCGAGUUAAAACAAUUGGUCAAAAAGCCUGAAGUUGUAGAGUGGUGGGAUGUGACAGCAUCAGAUCCAAAGUUACUCGUCAACUUGAAAUCAUACCGCAACACAGUACCUGUUCCAGCACAUUGGAGUCAAAAACGCAAAUACCUUCAAGGCAAACGUGGUAUCGAGAAACCUCCAUGGGAAUUGCCUGAUUUCAUCAAGGAUACUGGUAUCAUGGAGAUGCGUGAUGCUGUCAAGGAAAAAGAAGAUUCCAUGAAGUUGAAAACCAAGACUCGAGAGCGUGUGGCACCCAAGAUGGGCAAGCUGGACAUUGACUAUCAAAAGCUACACGAUGCUUUCUUCCGUUUCCAAACAAAGCCAAAAUUCACCAUCCAUGGCGAACUAUACUAUGAAGGCAAGGAAUUUGAAACCAAGCUCAAGGAAAAGAAGCCUGGUCAAUUAUCCGAAGAGCUCAAAAGCGCAUUGAACAUGCCACCCUUGGCACCACCACCAUGGCUCAUCAAUAUGCAACGUUAUGGUCCUCCCCCAAGUUAUCCCAAUCUUACUAUCCCUGGUCUCAAUUCACCCAUUCCUGAUGGCGCACAAUGGGGUUAUCAUCCUGGUGGUUGGGGUAGACCUCCUGUAGACGAGUUUAAUCGACCUUUGUAUGGUGAUGUGUUUGGUGUCACACAAAAGGAAGUGGUUCCACCUGAGAUCAUUGAACCGGUUGACAAGAAUCUUUGGGGUGAAUUAGAAUCUGAAGAAGAAUUCGAAGAAGAGGAAGAGGAAGAGGAGGAGGAAUCUGAAGCUGAGGAAGAGGAAGAGGAAGCCGAAGCUGCACCUGAGGAAGAACAAGCACAGCCUACUGAGGAAGCUAUGAAGGAUGGAUUGGUGACGCCUUCGGGUAUGGCAUCCGUUGCAUCAGGCUUGGAGACACCCGAUUUUAUUGAAUUGCGCAAGGAUGUGAGGAGACAACAGGAGGAGGAUGAACAGCCUCGUCAAUUGUAUCAAGUACUUCCAGAGGUGCAAAAGAACAUUAGUGGUUUCAUGGGAUCUCAGCAUGGAUACGAUCUAUCAACGGUUGAAAAAGGAGCCGAAGCGGCGUCAUCGACUGCAAGGAGCUCUAAGCGUAAAAUGGGUGGCAAUGUGGAUGUCGCUAUCGAUCCUAGCGAGUUGGAAGCCGGUUUGGAUGAAUCUACCUUGCGUGCUAAAUACGAUGCACAAAUGCGAUCAAAGUUACCAGCAGGCGCAGGUGGUGAAGACUUGUCGGAUAUGUACGUUGAACACGCAAAUCGACAAGCUAAAAAGCUCAAGACUGCUCAAGAGAACAAAAAGGACAAGAGAAAGGAAUUCAAGUUCUAA